AUGGCGUCCAUCUCGCAACACUCCUUCUCAACGGCGGUUAUUCGUCAGAAACCGGAGAAAGAGCAAGGCGAGCUCGAAUCCGAAACAGCCUCCACUCCGGAACAUCCAGCACAUUCGCAGGCAACCACUGUGCCCGAGCCCAUUCCGCAACAUCCCGACUUCUCGACGGAGGCCAUUUUUGCCGAAAUGAGUUGGCUUUCCCCCUACUGGAAGUCCCUGUUGGCCCCCUUGUGCGAGCCCGAGCUGACCGCGUGCAAGCCUCAAUCGACAUCGGUCCAGCAGAUUGAAAAUGACGAGAUGAUUCUUGCAAUGAAGACUGAAUGUCUAGACUCUCUGAAGGAAUAUGUACCAACCACGCAGAUGUAUGAUACAAGAUACUUCUUGGAGACCUUUGUCCACCAUUUACCUCUCGAGGGAGGUAAGAAUCUCAUGAAGGAGAUCAUCAAGUUCUCCGUGACUCCCGAAAAGCUGUGA